AUAUCUGCAGGAAGGAUUCUGAAAGGACUCCGAACUCAAAAACCCACUCUCUGCCUUUCUCUGGAGGUUCCAUGGGGACUUUUCUUGGGCACUUGGUGCCAGGACUCGCCCUCACCUUGCUUGGAUUAUGGCACAUCGUAAACAUAUCAAGAAACUACCUCCUCAAAGGAUCGAGCAAUUUCAAAUCACGGUUUUGGCAUCCGUUCACUGCCUCUGCCCCCAUAUUCAAGCAUUCCGAGCUCGUGCUCGUGUUCUCAUUCUCUAUUUUCGCGAUCCUCACGCAAGUGGUGGGCUUCCCUGUCAUCCACUUUGCUUUCGAGCUCGAUAGUAUUGAGCACGCCACCAUGUUUCUCCACCUUGCGGUAUUCUCUGGUUUCGCUCUUUUGGCAGAGAUCAACCAUAAAACAGAGACUCUAUCGGGAGUUGUGGGAGUUCUCGCUGCAUCUGUCUUCGGUCAAGAACUUCUCUUGCUUCAUUUCCAUUCCGCUGAUCAUGUUGGACUCGAAGGGCACUACCACUGGCUAUUGCAGCUUGUUGUGCUCGUGUCAUUCGUCUCAUCUCUGGCAGCAACAUGUUUUCCCACCAGUUUCCCGGCAUCUCUAGUUCUUGCCAUUUCCGUGAUCUUUCAGGGUUGUUGGUUCAUAAACAUGGGGUUCUUCCUUUGGAUACCAGAAUUUGUGCCUAAGGGUUGCACCGCACAGUCCAUUCACCCUAGCGGAGAAUUAGUGCACAGUGCAGUGACUUGCAGCUCGAGUGAUGCGGACUCGAGGGCUCGAGCCCUUGCUAACUUGCAGUUCAGUUGGAUACUCGCAGGGAUCUUGUUUUCGACAGGGAGCCUGUGUUUGAAAUUGGCCGGUAAAUGUCCGGAGAGCGGGCAGCAUACAGAGUACGAGCAGCUCCGGUGUAAAGGUGCCGAGUUGCCAAUCUCAUCCUUAAAACAUAGUGUAACUGCUUGA